CAUUUGGAUCCCACUCGGCGACAACACACUCCACACAGCGCGGCUGUCACACGGACUGUAGAUUUAGACAGCUUUGAAUUAUUUCUGCUUUUAUUUCACACCGUGUUCGUGGGGAAAAGUACGAAACCUUCACUGCCUGUUUGGAUACGGGGAGCUUUUCCUCGUCUGUUCAUCGCCAAUAACUUACAGACCUAUCCAUAUCGGGUCUUAGUCAAAGCCUUUUGGUACUGGAUGUUCUUCGUUUACACAAACCUUUAUUUUACUUUCUAAAGAAGAAGAAAAAGAAGACAUCCGGAUCACAUAAAAGCAGGAUUUAGGAAAUAGUAUGAUCCUGUGUGUACCAGGGCCCAGAGCUCCUCUGCCUGCUGCUCCAGCCACUGAAACCCAGCGGGGCAUGCGGGCAGGAACGCUCCCUCCGACCCCAUGCCUUCAAAACACCACUCCACUCUGGGACCCCACAAAGGACCUCAGGGCAAUCGCCAGCAACUUCUGCUAUCUUGAAAAUUCAGGAUGGUACUGGGGAGCGGUCACUGCAUCACAGGCCCACGCUGCACUUCAGGAAGCAUCCGAAGGAGCUUUCUUGGUACGGGAUAGCAGCCACCCUCUGUACAUGCUCACCCUCUCAGUCAGGACUGCGCGGGGUCCCACCAGUAUACGGAUACAGUACAGCGGGGCGCAGUUUCUCCUUGACUCCAGCUCCCCAGCUCGUCCCAGCCUGUCGUCAUUCCCCAACGUGCCAAGCCUGGUGCAGCACUACAUGGGACCACAGAGGACAGCAGAAGAGGGGAAGGUUGAGGAGCAGGCUCCUUCAAAAACCUCUCAGCAGACAAUUCAGGACACAUCAGUGGUGCUAAAACUCAAACGGGCUGUGUACAAGCCUCAGGGUCUCCCUUCAUUACAGCACCUUACCCGGCUUGUUAUAAACAGACACACUGAGUGCCAUGAACAGCUACCACUCCCGAGGCCUCUCCUGCGUUACAUACAAGACUAUCCCUUCAAGGUAUGAGGGUCCCAUUAGUCCUUUGUGCUGACUGACUUAGAAGAGAGAAAAAACGAUCACACAGGUCUGCUGUGCCUGUGAGUGAGUCUGCUGCUCCUGCAGAUGGAGGCCAGUCAUGGAAAUACUAGACAAAAGGUCGUGUUUUUUGCUGACAAAAAUGUACAAAUUCAGUUAAUACUGAUGUGCCUGUUUAAGACUUCAUAAGUCAAGGACUGAUGGGCAGACAGACCCAGAAAAAGACAACGUUGACGCAGUCUUGAGUACUGUAAUCUACACUUUGUUUUAUGCUGAAUGUAGAAAUUGUCCAUAACCACGUUAACACUCAUCAGUUUGGGAUGUUCAUUCUGUACACUGAUUCCAUUCAGACAUCUUUUUUAUUUUUUGCAGUAUGACGUUUUUUCUACCUUUUACAUGUGUACAAUUUUCUAUUAAAAUAACCAACUGGAGUCUUA